CGUGCCAGUGCUGGGCGAGAUGGCUUACGACGCGGUGGGCGAUGCCAAGCUCACCUUCGAGGCCGUGAAGAAGGUCGGGCUGUCAAUUCAGGGCGACCUGGCGAUUCUCGACCUUCCCCUAGUGCCGAUCUCGCGCGGUGGCACCGCGAAGCUCGUUGCGUUUGCGGACGUGAUGAUAAGUCACGAGGGCGCCUUCGAUUUUGCACAGGUGCACGAGUUGUGCUCUCAGGGCCGCUUCAAAGACGUGCAGCCGCCCCUUGCUUUCAAGUGCGGGCCAGGCGACGCUCAGUUCCGCAUCUUGAAGGUGAUCGAUUCGAGAAAAAACAGGGUCGGUGCCGCGACCGUCCUGGCCUUUGCGAGCACCGAGGUGGGCGAUACCGACUGCGGCGAGAUCAAUGGGACUGGUGCUGUGGCUUUCCAGCUCAUGCUGGAUAAUCUGGAGGAGUUUCCAAUCAGGCGCUUUACGCUGAAGCCGCAGCACGUGCGAAAGCAGCUUUUGGAACAGGGCGAGCGUAGCGAAGGGCGUGUGUUCAUCCGCGAACACGGCCUGCGCCGUAACAAGAGGAGCCAGUUCGUGGAAUGGGCAGAUACUAGGGUGAACGCAGAAGGGGUCGAAUUUUCACGGCUGACCCGCUGCACAG